CCAGUCCUGCUCAGCCAUCUCUACACUCCUCUGACAGAAUGAAUGCCCUUGAUGAUGUCCCCUUCAAAGUGCCCAAUGGCUUUGUGAUAGGCACAGAGCCCCUUCCUGGGCCAGAGCUCAGCGUCCCAGCUUGCAGGGAGCUUCUGCUGGGUUCUAUGCACGACUUCAGCCUGGAGAGGAGGGCGCUCUUCUGGGUGGAGGCUGUCCUCCGGGGACCCUGCCCGUUCCAAUGCGACGCCCCGGGAACGGCGUCAGCGCCUCCCGCCUGGCUGUUGCUGGUCAGUCCCGACCGCGAGCCGGUGCCGAUGCCUGCCGCAGACACGGGCCCUGAGGCUGGACCCCAGCAGCGGCUUGAGGAGGAGGUGGAGGAGGAAGAAAACCAGGACGAGGACCACGACGAAGAAGAAGCCGCCUCCGCCAGCGAGGAAGAGCCACGUCCCUGCAGCCCCCAGCCCGGCUCCCCUGCGAGCCCCGCCCCCCCUGCGAGUCCCGGCCCGGGCCAUCCACGGUGCUCGCUGGACGUGCUGCGCGGCAUGAGGUCGGAGCUGGCCGGAGCGCGGCGGCGGCUCUCCGAGGGCAGGCUGGCUGCCCGCCCCCGCGCCCUCCUGCACCGCAUCCGCCACCGGGCGCUGAGCCUCUGCCCCAGCCCGGCACCGAGUCAGUGCCCCGUGCCGCCCCCGGGCCCCGCGCCCCCACUCUCCAGCACCCCCGCGCCGCCCCCGCGGCCCUCCACGGCCGGCGCCAUGCCCCCGCUGCGGAGUCACAAGCCCACGGUCGCGUCUCUCAGCCCGUAUACCUGCCUGCCACCUCUUGGGGGGGUGUCUCAGAGUCUCAGCACCUGUAGAGCACACCCUGCUUCUGCUGACCUGCUGUCUGCCCUGAGCCAGGAGGAGCAAGAUCUCAUCGGGCCAGUGGUUGCCCUGGGGUAUCCCCUGCACAGGGCUAUCGGGGCUCUGCAGAAGACAGGGCGACAGAGCCUGAGCCAGUUUCUCAGCUACCUUAGCGCCUGUGAUCGGCUGCUGCGGCAAGGCUAUGAGGAGGGCCUGGUGGAGGAGGCCAUGGAGAUGUUCCAGUUCUCCGAGAGCCAGGCAGGGGAAUUCCUGCGCCUCUGGGAACAGUUCAGUGACAUGGGCUUCCAGCAGGACCGGAUCAAGGAAGUACUGCUGGUCCAUGGCAACCGCCGUGAGCAAGCCCUGGAGGAGCUGGUGGCCUGUGCCCAGUGACCUCGGCGCUUUCCACAAUGCCUGUGCAUCCCUCAACCUGUGCCAGACCUGGCAAUCCAUUCCAGCUCUGUUAUUAAGACUAUAUAAGAGGGGCGCCUGGCUGGCUUAGUUGGAGCAUGUGUCUCUUGGUCUCAGGGUUGUAAGUUCAAGCCCCACUUUG